UCCGCCCUGUCUCCCCCCCACUCGUGGAUCUCGUGUGCUGAGUGGUACAAGCCGGUUAGCAUGCCACUCUCAUACGCAAUAUCUAAUUAAAAUAAAUACGAGUCGUAAUUAUAAAUCAAACAAAUAUCUGCAGUUGGAGCAAAGUCGCUGAAAUAUUGGCGCCAAGGAGGGAGUGGGUUGGUGGACAGAGGGGCGCGUGGCGGUGGGAAGUGCUCUCCUAACCAGAUCCUCCAGCACGGCUCGCUCAGAACAUGGCGGAACACCACACCGCCUCCGAUUGUAAGCACAAAGCGAGCUCCAACGCCGGGAGUUCGGUCUCUGGCAACGGGCGACCUAACUCCCCGGCUGGAUGUAGCGGGGGAGGCCUGUCCGGUGGACUGACGCAACCGGCGGGAUGGCAGUCGUUGCUGUCGUUCACCAUUCUGUUUCUGGCCUGGUUGGCAGGAUUCAGCUCUCGACUUUUCGCAGUUAUCCGUUUCGAGAGUAUCAUCCACGAGUUUGACCCCUGGUUUAACUACAGAUCGACUCAUCAUCUCACCACCAAUGGCUUUUAUGAGUUCCUGAACUGGUUUGAUGAGAGAGCUUGGUACCCGCUGGGCAGAAUAGUAGGGGGGACGGUGUAUCCUGGUUUAAUGGUAACUGCGGGGUUGAUUCACUACAUACUGAAUCUGCUCCACGUGACGGUGCACAUCCGCGAUGUUUGCGUGUUCCUGGCUCCCGUUUUCAGCGGCCUGACCUCCAUUUCCACAUUUUUGUUGACGCGUGAGCUGUGGAAUCAGGGUGCGGGGCUGCUGGCGGCAUGUUUCAUUGCCAUCGUACCCGGCUACAUCUCUCGCUCCGUUGCCGGCUCGUUCGACAAUGAGGGUAUUGCCAUUUUCGCCUUGCAGUUCACCUACUACCUCUGGGUGAAGUCUGUGAAAACUGGCUCAGUCUUCUGGACCAUCGGCUGCUGCCUCUCGUACUUUUACAUGGUGUCUGCAUGGGGAGGCUACGUCUUCAUCAUCAACCUGAUUCCCCUCCACGUGUUUGCGCUUCUCCUUAUGCAGCGUUUCAGCAGGAGGCUGUACAUCGCCUACAGUACCUUUUAUAUAGUGGGCCUGGUGCUGUCCAUGCAGAUCCCAUUUGUCGGCUUCCAGCCCAUCAGGACAAGCGAGCACAUGGCUGCUGCAGGUGUUUUCGCAUUGCUUCAGGCCUAUGCCUUUCUGCAGUACCUGAAAGACAGGCUGACCAGGCAAGAGUUUCAGACGCUGUUCUUUCUGGGAGUCUCUCUGGCAGCAGGACUGGUUUUCCUCACUGUUAUUUACCUGACUUACACAGGGUACAUUGCUCCUUGGAGUGGGCGCUUUUACUCGCUGUGGGACACUGGAUACGCAAAGAUCCACAUUCCCAUCAUCGCCUCCGUCUCAGAGCACCAGCCCACCACGUGGGUCUCUUUCUUCUUUGAUCUGCACAUCCUGGUCUGUACCUUCCCAGCCGGGCUCUGGUUCUGCAUCAAGAAUAUCAACGAUGAGAGAGUUUUCGUGGCUCUGUACGCCAUCAGCGCCGUGUACUUCGCCGGGGUAAUGGUGCGUCUGAUGUUGACUCUCACCCCGGUCGUGUGCAUGCUCUCAGCCAUCGCCUUCUCCAGCGUGUUCGAGCACUACCUGGGAGAUGACAUGAAGCGCGAAAACCCGCCGGCUGAGGACAGCAGUGAUGAGGAUGACAAGAGGAAUCAGGGGAAUCUUUAUGAUAAGGCAGGCAAAGUACGAAAGCAUGUGUCGGAGCAGGACCGACCGGAGGAGGGCUUGGGACCCAACAUCAAAAGCAUCGUGACCAUGUUGAUGCUGAUGUUACUGAUGAUGUUUGCCGUGCACUGCACCUGGGUCACCAGCAAUGCCUACUCCAGUCCUAGCGUUGUACUGGCAUCAUACAACCAUGACGGAUCGAGGAACAUUUUGGAUGAUUUUCGUGAAGCUUAUUACUGGCUCAGACAGAACACGGAUGAGCAUGCUCGGGUCAUGUCCUGGUGGGAUUACGGCUAUCAGAUUGCAGGCAUGGCCAAUCGCACGACGCUGGUGGACAACAAUACGUGGAAUAAUAGCCACAUAGCACUGGUUGGUAAAGCUAUGUCCUCUAAUGAAAGUGCAGCCUAUGAGAUUAUGAAGUCCCUGGAUGUGGAUUACGUCCUGAUCAUUUUCGGAGGAGUGAUCGGAUAUUCGGGCGACGAUAUUAACAAGUUCCUGUGGAUGGUGCGCAUUGCAGAGGGAGAGCACCCUAAAGAUAUUCGGGAAAGUGAUUAUUUUACACCACAGGGCGAGUUUAGGGUGGAUAAGGCCGGAUCGCCCACUCUGCUCAACUGCUUGAUGUAUAAAAUGUCUUACUAUCGCUUUGGAGAAAUGCAGCUGGACUUCCGCACACCUCCCGGGUUCGACCGGACACGGAACGCCGAGAUCGGCAACAAAGAUAUCCGUCUGAAGCACCUAGAGGAGGCGUUCACCUCCGAACACUGGCUGGUGCGCAUCUACAGGGUGAAGAAGCAGGAGAACAGACAAGCUUUGGAACACAAGCUCCGUAACAUCUCAGCCAAGCAGAAGUACACCUCAAAAAAGACAGCCAAGAGGAAGCGGGGGCUCAUCAAAAACAAAUUGACGGUGAAAAAAGGCAAGAAACUGAACAAGAAGUCCGUUUAGAUAUUGAAUAAAAAGUUGAGAAUGGGGAAAAAUAGGAAAACAAAAGACAAGGACAAAUGCAACUAGUGAGUAAUCCACCAAUCGAGAACAACAACAAACAUUUGUCGUCUGGCACCGCCCACCUGAGUAUAUUUGAUUGGAGGCUUUCGGUCCUGUGAUUGCCAUGACGACACUGAGGUUCCAUCAUGUGUUCGAGGAUGAAGCACGGAUCGGGAUCGACACCUGUUUUAAUCUAACAACUCUGGACUUCAUUUUGUUGUUUUGUUUUUGUUUUGUUUCUCGUUUUUUCUUUUGUACUUGAAUGUGCUGGCGAAGCAAGAGACGUGGCCGUUUUUUAAAACGGCUUGGCAGUCAAUAUUUUCGUGGUAAUGUAAUAUAACCGAAUGCUUAAACGACCAACGGAUAUGAAUUUAGUGAAGCUCAGUGAACCUUGGAGCACCAAAGAAAAUAUUUUUUGUUUUGUCGACUCGGAGCCUGUGUGAAAUUGUUACCUUUGAUAGAGAUGUAAAAAUAAACGUUGUGGAAUCUGAGGAAUAUGAAUCUGUCUGCAGUCCUGACGCGCAGGGUAACUUGAUAGUUCGCUUUUAAUUCUCUGACGACAACGACGACCCCUUUUCCCAAGUAACAAAAUGCAGUGGGGCUUUGCAGCUCCAAAUUUUUUUUUUGUUUCUUUGACUCGGUUAUUAGUAAUGUUUAACUAUUGUGGUGAUUUUGAUAAAUAAUUUGUUCAUUACAUUUGAAUGUCGUUUCUAUUGGUUGUAAGAUUUUAAAGUUUAUGCAAUAAUUCGAAAAUCAAAACGGUUGUUUGAAGAAUCCACUUUUGUUCAUUUAUUUCUCGUGUUUUGUCCAGAGGUUUACUGCGAAAGUUUGCAAAGAUGUUUAUUUCCUUUUUUGACUAAAGUUUCAGGCUAAUAAGGAAUUUUCCGACUGAUUGUCUGCCAGGACAAAGUGUGAAUUAGUUGUAGGUUUAUAAAAUGCUGCAUUAUUAGUCUGAAUGCACUUUGUCUUAGUUCAAAUUAAUCUGGAUCCACUACUGAGUAGCAUGCAGGUGGAGAGUGCGUGUUUUUAGUGUGACUAUUCCCAUCUUUUUAACAUUGAAAGGACGCUUCCUGCAACAGCAAAUAGGUUUGGGCUUUCCUCGGUUCUUAAGUGCUGUCAUUAUAACUUCCCUAUAUCUUUUGUUUUCUGCCUUUCUGGUUUCCAACUUUAUGUAUUGCCUUUGCUUCAUGUUUUGUUUUCCUGUAAUAUAAUUGGAAGAAAAUUUUUGCUUUUCCCCUCUCUGCAUAACAUUAUCCAUAUGUUGUUCUCAGAGGGCUCCGAAUCUUAGGAAGGUAUUUAUUAACACGAAUGAAAUUGAAGAGGAGGAAGCCUUUCAUCUUGAAAUGCAAAAACUGUCAUUUUUCUUUUUCACGUAAAAAGUUAUUCCAUAAAUUGUAAGAAAAAGAAAAAAAUUCAAAAACAGAUUGGACGCGGCAGAGAUGCUGUUGUGAGUUGAUGCAUUGUGAUUAAAAGACUCGGAUGAAAGAA